GGCAGGGGGUGGGGGAGGGGAGAGUAUAUGUAGCGCCCGGGUGGGGGCGGGACGCUCAGUCCAGCGGCAGCAGCAGCGCGUGUAGGGGACUCGGGGCAGCAGCAGCGAUGGCGUCCAACGAUUACAGCCAGCCGGCCACCCAGAGCUAUGGGGCUUACCCAGCACCACCGGGACAGGGAUACUCUCAGCAAACCAGCCAGCCCUACAGCCAGCAGAGCUACAGCGGUUAUGGCCAGUCUGCAGACACCUCAGCAUAUGGACAAAACAGUUACAGUUCUUCCUAUGGCCAGAAUCAAAGCUCUGGCUACAGCACUCAGUCAACACCCCCAGCUUACGGAACAACUGGAUACGGUAGCAGCCAGACCUCUCAGACCUCUUAUGGGCAACCCUCAUCCUAUCCUAGCUACUCCCAGCCACCAGCAGCCAGCUCGACAACUGGAAGUUAUGGAAGCACCUCCCAAAGCACAAGCUAUGGCCAGCCCCCAAGUGGAGGCUAUGGCCAGCAAUCCAGCUAUAGCAGCCAACCACAGAGCUCCUAUGGGCAGCAGCCUUCUUACAACCCUCCACAAAGCUACGGGCAGCAGAGCCAGUACAGCAGCAGUAGCAGCAGCGGAGGAGGCGGCGGGGGCAGCAGUGGAUCGAGCAGCUAUGGCCAGGACCAGUCAUCCAUGAGCGGUAGUGGUGGCGGCGGUGGUGGCGGCUACGGUAGCCAGGAUCAGAGCAGCUAUGGAGGUGGCCAGCAAGACCGUGGUGGCAGGGGCAGAGGAGGAUAUGGCCGGGGUGGCUUCGACCGUGGUGGAAGAGGCAGCCGUGGUGGUCGUGGAGGCAUGGGCGGUGGUGAGCGUGGUGGCUUCAAUAAGUUUGGUGGGCCCCGGGACCAAGGACCGCGCCAUGAUCCUGCUUCUGAACAGGAUAACUCUGACAACAACACCAUUUUCGUCCAGGGACUCGGUGAAAAUGUCACCAUCGAGUCGGUCGCUGACUACUUCAAGCAAAUAGGAAUCAUUAAGACAAACAAGAAAACUGGGCAGCCCAUGAUUAACCUGUACACAGACCGUGAGACCGGGAAGCUAAAGGGGGAAGCCACUGUGUCUUUUGAUGAUCCCCCAUCUGCCAAGGCAGCCAUCGAUUGGUUUGAUGGAAAGGAAUUUUCUGGCAACCCCAUCAAAGUCUCCUUUGCUACCCGGAGGGCAGACUUCAACCGUGGCGGUGGAAAUGGACGGGGUGGCAGAGGCCGUGGAGGGCCCAUGGGUCGUGUUGGAUUUGGUGGCGGAGGUGGAGGAGGCAGUGGCAACAGUGGCUCCAGCGGAGGUAACCGAGGUGGCUUCCCCAGUGGAGGUGGUGGCCAGCAACGCGCAGGGGACUGGAAGUGCCCUAACCCAGCCUGUGAGAACAUGAAUUUCUCAUGGCGUAACGAGUGCAACCAGUGCAAGGCACCAAAGCCGGAGGGGCCUGGAGGACCACAUAUGGGAGGAGGAUUUGGGGAAGAGCGCCGUGGAGGCAGAGGUGGUUACGAUCGUGGCGGCUUCCGAGGAGGCAGAGGCGGUGAUCGGGGUGGCUUCCGAGGAGGCAGAGGUGGAGAUCGGGGUGGUGGAUUUGGGCCAGGAAAGAUGGAUAACAGGGGCGACCACAGACAAGACCGCCGUGACAGACCCUAUUAAGACUGUACAAAUUCCCAGACCAUGUGACUUAAACUUUUUUAUUUUGUAUGUCAGACUUUGUGCUGCAGACUGUGUAAAGCUCGUUCCAUUUGUGUAAAACUUUGUAUUGCCCUCUCAAUUUUACCCAUUUUUUUCCCCCCUGUAUCUGGAAGAAUCCCCUACAUUAAAAAAAAAACCACCCUUGUUUUAGUUGCCGUGUAGCUUUUUGGGGGCCAGGGCUUCAAUAAAGGCAACUUCUGUUUACACCGGAAACCUGGGGCUGCCCCAGUGCUAGCCAUGGGUGCUUAAUAUACAUAAAUGCAUUAUGCUGUGAACAGUGUUAACAUGUAAUUGAGCAGAAGUAAGCGAAGAAAGACCUCUUGAUCUGUGGUUGAAAUGUCAAAUUCUUGAUUUACACUUGUACGUUAACAUUUGAGUUCUCAUCUUUAUUACCUGAAGCACCAUCAUCCAGCAUAGGAGCUUGCAAAAUUUUAUCCCUUGGCCUAAGGUACAAGAGAAUUUUUUUUCCUUGUUAGGGUGAAUUUGGAGCAAUAGUCUGCUAUGGUGAUGAGCCACACAACUAGCUGAACAAAAAGCAUCCCUGUUUUUCUAGAAUCAGAGUUCAUAAGCUUAAACCCACACAGCAAGGAUGUGACCAGCAGUCAAAUCUUAUACAGGGUGUUGCUCAUACAGUGAGUCAGUGGUGUCCACCUGCACAAAAACAGGCAUGGGUAAAAGGUGGACACAUCUGUUGUCAGGGACUGUUAAACUUCUCUUGGGAAGUGCUGUUGUAGAAAAUUUCAAGGGAGCAAAUUGUUCAGGUCAAUCUCUUAUGGUUGGAGCUGCAGUGUGUAUGAAUGUAAUAAACUUUUAAAUAUGCUUAAUAAAAAACAACCCCAGGUUAUAAAUGUG